GGCGAUCCAGCGCCAAUCCUCCGCUGCGGGAGAGAGGGAACAGCUCACAGACAGCAGAGGAAACUAAAGGAAGAAGCGGACGGAGCGGAGCUUCUUGUCCGCAUGGCUCAGUAGCAGAGUGGUCUGGCAAUGGAGAGGCGUCACCCAUAGGACCCGAAACAGACCCCGAACUGGAGCGGGAGGUGACCUAUCGAUUAUAGAUCGGAUGUCAGUCGUGUGUGGGACAGACGGAAGAAGAAAAGGAGAAGAAACAUGAGUCGGCAGCAGCCUCAGGGAGUGGUUUUAACGGGUUACCACAGCAACGCCGUGCUGUUACAGCAACCGGGACUGUGUGGCUGCCCGCCAGUACCGGACCGGGAGCCCGAACUGCUCAGUCGAAAAACAGGCCACUACAGUCUUCAGCAGAAUCAGAACACACAAGAUCCAGAAGAUAGAUAUGGAUCUUCAUCAGCAACCAGCAAUACAGGAACAGGAAGCAUCAACUCAGCGUUGCUCCACAAUUCCAUCUCCGCUGCUCACCCUGGGUCCCAUCCCUCCAGUCCAAGGCACAGUCCCAACCCCAGACCCAGACAACGGCCCACAUGCCUGCGCAGCUUUUCUCAGGACUCCCUAGAUGAGCUGGAGAUGGACGACUACUGGAAGGAGAUCGAGAACAUCAAGAGCUCAGGGGAAGGACCAGGGAGAGGAGGAGAAGGAGAAGCUCAAGAAGAGGAGCAGCAGAAAACACCUGAAGAAGGAGAGCAUGAGGAGGCUUGGCUCACAGAGGCGGGGCUAGCACCGCUCUUUGAUGAUUCGUUGGCAGCGGAAGACCAGGAAGAAGACAGCGCCGUCUUCCUGUCCACUCUCACCAGAACGCAAGCUGCCGCUGUACAACGCCGUGUGUCGACUUACCAGCAGACGCUGCUGCGGCGACGGAACCGCCAGCACAACCGCCAACACUUCCCUGAUGUUCGGGAUAUAUUUAAACCUCGUGAAAAGGAUGAAGAGCCUCCAAAACCAAAAAAUGGAAGUGAAAAAGAUGCAACUACUGCUGAAACUGAGACAGAGCUGGACGUAGAAGUGGCGUUUUCAGAGCAAGCGCUCUCUUACCGGGUUAAUCAUGAAAAUCAGAGGUUGAAGGUCACCAGCAGCCUUAACUCACCUGAUGACAAACUACCAAACUUUAAGCUCCUUCGGGAUAAAACGGGUCAGACAAGAGUUGGAGAUCUGUCUCCUUUGGAUAUGAAAAAGGUACGCAGACUUGUGCUUGUAGAGAUGACCGCCCUAUUUGACACGGCUGGGAUUGACGUCAAGGCCAAUAAGCCUGGCAGAGUGAAAAGCAAAGAAAGCGGCCUGUUUGCUGUUCCUCUGGCAACUUUAAUGGAGCAAGACCAGCGCCGUGUUCCUGGGACCAAAGUGCCACUUAUACUGCAGAAGCUUAUUAGACAUGUAGAGGAAGAAGGAUUAGAUGCCGAAGGUUUGCUGCGGAUCCCUGGAGUAGCUACUAGACUCAAGACCCUGCACCAGGAGUUGGAGUUGUCUUUUUAUGAGGGGACGUUUCAGUGGAAGCAGGUGAAGCAGCAUGACGCUGCAAGCCUCUUAAAGCUGUUCAUCAGGGAGCUACCCCAUCCCCUGCUCACUGUGGAGUACCUCAAUGCUUUUAUCGCUGUCAACAAGCUCCCCACAAGGAAACAGCAGCUCCAGGCUUUGAACCUGCUGGUGCUUUUGUUGCCUGAGGCCAAUCGAGAUACAUUAAAGGCACUACUUGAGUUUUUACAACGUGUGAUUGACCAGCAGGCCAAAAACAAGAUGACUCUCAACAAUGUCUCUGUUGUCAUGGCACCCAACAUCUUCAUGUUCAAAGGCUUCCGGUCCAAGGUGACAGAGCAGCAGGAGCUCUCCAUGGCAACCAGUACAGCCAACAUCAUCCGGCUGCUGAUCAGAUACCAAAACCUCCUUUGGACGAUCCCAAAGUUCAUCUUGACUCAAGUCAGGCAUCAAAAUAUGGAAAACCACCGGAAACUAAACAGGGAGAGAGCUGUAAUGAAGCUGCUGAAGAAGAUAACCAUUGACAGACCAGUUGACAAAACAAUCCCAGAGGAGAAUCCACAGGGAUUUAUUCGAGUUCAAGCCCCACAGUUCAGUAAAAUAUCUAUGGCAAUUCAGCUUACAGAUGAUUUGCAAGCUGCUGAUGUAUUAACUCGCUUCCUCAGCCAAGAAAGUUCGUUGUCAGUGAAAAAAGAAGACUUGUGUCUCUAUGAGAUUGGUGGAAACAUCAAGGAGAGAUGCUUAGAUGAGGAGACAUACAUGCAAGAUCUUUUCCAGCUGAACCCAGCAGCAGAGUGGGUCAUCAAACCAGUACAGCGAUAAAUUCUGGUUUGCCUUCUCAUCCUGCUGGAUCCUGGACUGCUCUGUGUUUUCUGCUCACACAAUGAGGCAGCUGGUUCUGUGAAGCUUCUGCAGGAUCUGGAGGCAUUCGGAAAGCUUCCCCUUCGGAAAGAAGGGGCUUUGGCCUUGGAAUCUAUGAGAGGAGCGGGCAGUUCGAUUGCUCUUCAUUAUAUGGGGGGGAAAACUUGACUGAAAAAUCCUUUUCAAAAGUGCUUUGCAUUUUAAUUAUUCCCAGGGAGAUUUCUUUAAAAUGCCGCCUACAUUUUUACCAAUGCUGCCUUUCUGAAGCUAGACUGUUUUAUUGAGGCUUGAGGUGAUAGUCCUGCAAAAAUUUGGAGAUUAGACAAAGAAAUUGUGAAAAGAGGUUAAUUUUUUUCACCUUCCUGACACAAUAGUUUUUAGAGCCUCGUUAGCUUCAAAUGCUGUUUUUAGCACUCUGACACGUCUCCGCAUGAUGCUGCCACCACCUUGUUUACCAGUAGAGAUGAGGUGUCCAGUAUAAUGUCUAGGUUAAUUUUUAAUAGACUGCAUGUGACCUUAUAGCUGCGGGGUUUGCAGCUCCUUCAGAAACACACUAAAUCUCUGAAUAAUGUGCUCAUGGCCCAGACUGUCAUUAAAAGUAGACAGCUAUGUAUUUUUAGUUUUGAAUUUCUGUCUAAUCUCUUUGUUUUGGGAAAACUGGUUUAAACAGUUCUCUGGGACGUUUGAUAUUUGGGAUAAUUUUUUCUAACCUGGCUCUACUUUGAGCUCCUCCACAACUUGUCAAUUGUGUUUCUUGGGCUCCAUGAUGCUUUUUAAUGCCUGAUGUUUUCUCCAAAACCUAUUGGGACUAAUAGAACAACAGGUUUAAAUAGGUUUACAUAAAGGUAUCAAAGUAAGGGGCCCUGAUUACCAAUUAGCUUAAUUUUAUUUUAUUUUCAAAACAUGUAGCUGUUUCCUUCCACUUCAGAACCUAUUUUUUUAGACAUUUUUUUUUUAGUUGGUCUGUCACCUAAAAUUCUGGUGGCACAAUAAAGUUUCCUUGUAAUGUGAUUUAAAAAGUGAAGAACUGCACAGGGAGUAUAUAUUUUUGCAGGGACAUUUAGAGAAAACCACUUUUUAGAGAUUUUUUUCCACUGGUGGAAAAUUUCCUCCUUUUUCCAUAAUGUGAUUCAUUGCUACUAUUUAAUGUAUUUGCAGUAAUUAGAUAAUAUGGUGUUGUGCAAUAAUUUAAGGCAAUUAGUAGACAAUUGUUGUUUUUUUCACCAUUCAUCUUUUGUUAAUUUGAGAAUAAUUUAUGUAUUUUUAUUUUUUAACCUUUUUUUUAGGUAAUUUUAUUACCACUUUGUUGGAUUUUGUUGUAUUAGAUAAGUUUCCCAGAAAGAUUUCGAAAAGGGAAUAAGGUGUUGUUUCAGUCUAGCUUUGUCCAGGUGAUUAAACUCCUCUAUUAGUUAUAUUUUCUAAGUAUUAAAAAAAAA